AUGGGGAAGCCAACUGGGAAGAAGAAAGAUGAGGAGGUACAAAAGCCUGGGAAUGCUGGCAGUAAGCUGAGCAAGCCCUCGGAUCGAAACUCCAAAGCUUUUGAUGAAGACACUGCAAUCUUCAUCAACAUGUCCCAAGAACUCAAAGAUGAAGGUAACAAACUUUAUCAAAAGCGUGAUCAUGAAGGCGCAAUGUUAAAGUUUGAAAAAGCCCUCAAACUCCUCCCACAGAAUCAUAUUGAAGUUGCUCAUCUACAUACCAGCAUGGCUGCAUGUUAUAUGCAAAUGGGUCUUGGUGAAUAUCCUCGAGCAAUCAACGAAUGUAAUUUGGCGUUAGAGGUAUCACCUAGAUACAGUAAAGCACUCUUAAGAAGAUCUCAGUGUUAUGAGGCUUUGAAUAGGUUGGAUUUGGCAUUGAGAGAUGUUAAUACUGUUUUGAGUAUGGAACCAAAUAAUCUAAGUGCAUUGGAGAUUUUGGAGAGCGUGAAGAAGGUGAUGAGUGAAAAGGGUAUUGUUCUUGAUGAGAAAGAAAUUGGUAUUGCUAAUGUACCGCAGCCUCCUGCUGCCCGCUUUCGUAAAGUGGUGAAAGAGAAGUUAAAGAAGAAGAAGAAGGGUAAGAAAGUUGAGGAGAAGAGGAAGGAUAAUGUCGUUGUGGAAGAGAAUGUGAGUGCUGAUAAGGAUAAAGAAGUGGUUACAAAGACCAUUGAGCAGGAGAAAGUAGUUACAAAGCAUGUUGAGGAAGAGAAAGUGGUUAUGAAGCAUGUUAAGGAAGAAAAAGUAGUUACAAAGACAGUCAAGUUGGUGUUUGGAGAGGAUAUAAGGUGGGCACAACUGCCAUUGAAUUGCAGCAUGAGGUUGGUCAGGGGGAUAGUUAGGGAUCGGUUUCCUGGUUUGAAGGGUGUUCUUGUUAAGUAUAGAGACCAAGAGGGCGAUUUGGUUACAAUCACUACUACAGAUGAGUUGAGGAUAGCUGAAUCAUCAUGUGAUAUGCAGGGGUCACUCAGGUUAUUUAUAGCAGAAGUUAGUCCUGAUCAAGAACCAAUUUAUGAGGGAUUGAGUGAUGAGGAGCUGAGUAAGGAAGACAGAGAACCAAGCAAUGUUGUAGAGAAUGGGGAUGGUGAAAAAGAUAGAGAAGUGGAGAAAAGGUUUACUUCUGUUGAGGACUGGAUUAUCCAGUUUGCAAGGUUAUUCAAGAACCAUGUUGGGUUCGAUUCUGAUGCUUACUUGGAUCUUCAUGAGCUUGGAGUGAAGCUAUACUCAGAGGCAAUGGAGGACACUGUAACAAUUGAGGAUGCUCAAGAACUUUUUGACAUUGCUGCAAAUAAGUUCCAAGAGAUGGCGGCUUUGGCAUUGUUUAAUUGGGGAAAUGUCCACAUGUCCAAGGCAAGGAAGCGAGUGUCCUUUCCAGAAGAUGCUUCAAGGGAUUCCAUUAUUGAACAGAUCAAGGCUGGCUAUGACUGGGCACAGAAAGAGUAUAAGAAGGCAGAGGGUAGGUAUGAAGAAGCUGUGAAAAUAAAACCCGACUUUUAUGAAGGUUAUCUUGCUCUCGGGCAACAACAGUUCGACCAAGCAAAGCUUUGUUGGUACUAUGCGCUUGGAAGCAAGAUUGAGCUAGAAACGGAGCCUUCUUCGGAGGUGCUUCAGCUUUAUAACAAGGCUGAGGACAGCAUGGAGAAGGGCAUGCUGAUGUGGGAGGAGAUAGAAGAGCGGCGUCUAAAUGGACUUGCCAAAGAAGAUAAAUAUAAAGCGCAGUUGCAGAAAUUGGGUUUGGAUGGCCUAUUUAAAGAGGUAUCUGCUGAUGAAGCUGCAGAGCAGGCUGCAAAUAUGAAGUCACAGAUAUACCUUUUAUGGGGAACCGUGCUGUAUGAACGUUCUGUUGUGGAAUAUAAGCUAGGGCUACCAAGUUGGGAGGAAUGUUUAGAAGUUUCUGUUGAGAAGUUUGAGCUUUGUGGAGCCUCUCCAACGGAUAUAGCUGUAAUGAUGAAGAACCACUGUUCCAAUGAAACUGCAUUAGAAGGUUUAGGCUUCAAAAUCGAUGAGAUAAUACAGGCGUGGAAUGAAAUGUAUGAUGCUAAGAGGUGGCAGUUUGGUGUUCCCUCUUUUCGGCUGGAGCCGUUGCUGCGUCGCCGGAGGCUUUCCGCGAAAACAAAUUCUUCAGGUUGCCUUAGUUCAACUUUCACAGACUCUGUGGUUGCACAGGUUCAGCGUCUUGUUUGCUUUGGGAGCAAACAGAAAGUUUUCUGUAGUGUUUGA